UUGUGAAUGUUCUGUACAAUGCGGCGUAGUAAGUUGUUUAUUCAUAUAACCGGGCGUGUGACAACGAAGUAGAUUUACACGUUCGCCGAUAAACAAAACUAGAUCUACAGUUACAGGUUACUAUUUUCCAAUAGAUACAUGCGGAUUGUUUACAGAGAAACUUUUUCAGUCAUUUCAGUUAUUUGGAACAGAGGAUCAGUUUGAUUAGGAUAUGUGGCCAGGUUUAAUAACUUUCUAAUAUGCAAUGAAUGGCACGGAUUGGAUGUUAGCAUCAUCAUCCAUGUGUUAACGUGGAGAGAAUGAGACAGCUAAGAAUCAAAACUGUUUGUUUGAUCUCUUGAAUGACUAUGACGAAAGCUGUCGAGCAAGUGAUUGACAUUAUUGUCAAGCCGACAAACAGACGGUCGGACAAGGAAAUACAGGCAGUGAUACCAUGGCUACGCAGACGCACCCAGAUGUUUCAAUGUUUGGAAUCAGAUGUGCUGAUGGAUAUCAUUCGUCAUUGCCACUACCAGAUGGCAGCACCAGACGAGAUUAUCAUCCGCCAGGGAGAGCAAGGCGAUUGCAUGUAUAUUUUGCUGGGUGGCAAGAUAUCUGUCUACAUCGACUCCAGGCUGACGGGGGAGGAAGAAGGCAGCUCCCCCAUCCCACCAUCCCCUUACAAGGAGCGGAGAGGGGGACCGAGUCCGGAAUGGGUGAGAAAGAGACGUCACAUGGAGAGAUCAUCACUGGGGAGGUUCAUCAUCAGAUGUGAACCGGGUGCGAAUUUCGGCGAGGUGGCUCUGUUGAGUGAAGAUCACAUUCGUAAUGCGUCCAUAGUAACCGACAGAGACUGUGACUUUCUGGUUAUAGAUCGUGACCUCUUCAACAGAUGUCUCAAGAGUAGCGAAGAACGAGCAUAUAAUGCGAAGAAGAGGUUCGUCAACAAACAUCCGUUUUUCUGUCAGAUGCCGCCCAAGUUCAAACGACUGCUGGAACUGAGUUUGCGCAAAGAGACGCACGCCUAUGACGAAACGCUCAUCCAGCAGGGGGAGCGCGUCAGCGGCCUGCAUUUCAUUAUUAAAGGCCAAGCCCAAAUUCUGAUGAUGCCAUCUCAACACCCCAAACAAUACCCUCAGUUGUGGCCAUUUGAGGUUGGCGCCGAUCUGUAUGCUUUGGAAUUCGACUGGUUACGAGAAUCACGUAAGAAUGCCAUAAUAAAGAAAUACCAAGACCCGGCCGUGAUUCGCACAAAAGCCGACCAUGUCCUCAUCCGCAGGAAAGAGGGAUACGCGGCCAUGGAGAAGGCGAUACAGCACAAAUCCGUAUCUCUGUGUGAGGUGUCCAAAGGAGAAAUAUUCGGGGACGUGGAGAUCUUGUUCAACCUGCCGACCUACCACCAGACUGUCGUCUGCACGACCGAGACAGACGUGUUCGUGCUGGACAUGAAAAACUUCGACAGGUUGGUCAGCAGACGAAACAAGCAGACGCUGGACGCCAUGAGGCUACACACAGAAUCCAUGCUGAGGACGAGGAAAAUACUCAGAACUGGAAAAGAGAUCCCGCUUCUCGAAUACCUGCAUUUUAAGAUCAACGAAAACAUCCAGCCUCAGAGUUUCAAGAAACUGCCACCGUUAGAAACGAAGAAGACGAUUCCCGACAAGGAAACGGAGCAGCUGCGAAUGUUGGAGAACUUUAGAGCAGGCAAAGGCCCGUUAGUGGAAUCGUACGUGCCAGGGACGGAAUAUUACAAAGACCUUAUGCGCGAAAAAGCGCGACUGAGAGAAAAUAUCCGAAAGAGAGGUUCGUUUGGCUUGGAGCAGAAGGGGGUUCAAACGAAGAUAAAGAUGCCCAGAGUACGGAAGGCGAGGAGUAGGAGAGAAAUUGUGAACAGCUUGCGCGAGAUGAUGGAUGCGGAUUUGCUAUUGUUUAACAGACGUUUUAAAAAGAAGGCGUCUUCUGAGUCUUCCAAUCCUGGAUCCACAAGAAGGACGUCUAAAGUAGAGAGUCUAUAUUCGGAGAGUAACCUGAGCAAAAAGAAUAAGUUUGGUUCUAUGGGCUCUUUGCAGUCUUUGGUUGAUUCUGAACACAGUAUGGCGAAUUCAGGUGUCACGAUCAUCAAAGAUAAGCACGACAUCACUCCAGCGCAAGGGAGCAGGAAUCAGACAUUAUCACUAGACAGUUUAAAAUCAUUACAUUCUAAGGACGCUGCUAAGGAAAACCCAAUCAAUCCAGAUGUCCAUAGAGACACUCAUCACCAAGGAACCGACCCUGUUUUGGUAACAGAAGUAAAGCAUAAAGCUGCAGCAGUCCUACCGCCAAUCAGAGAGGACACGCGAGAACAGAUGUCGUCUACUAAACCAGGAACAGCAGACGGCAUUCUAGACGGUCCAAAACAGCAGACGAUAGAGUCUGAUUUUAAACCACUGCCGCCAGUAGAAGCAAUACCGACUGAAACAUCGGCAGCACCAAUCUCUGAAAUUCCAGAAUUCGUGAACGGCCAUGACGGCAACGAAAGCGAUGACGAGCACCAAACCACCAGGUCCACGGCGAGCACAUCGAUAUCGAAGUGGGCGCCAGCGCUGAAAUUUGUACAAGACAGAAUCAAUGAUCGCUACACAGCCCAGUUGUCUGAGAAAGAGGCUCCGUACGCCGACUACGAAACGAGCGAAAAUACACUCAGCUUUCUGGAGUCGAGGAUACGGAAGUUUCAUAUAAAAUACGGAGAGAGAAACAAGAUGAGUCUCAAACUACCUAAGCUGAGAAGAUUUAAACUGGAUAAUCCGCACGAGAUUGAAAGGCAGCCGAAACCUGGCGGAAAGGUGUGGAUCAAAAAGAAACUGUGUCAGAUACACGCCAGCCCAGUUCAGAUCAAAGGUCACGAACACAUCAGGUAUCGCAUUGUGGACGAGCUCAGGGGGUUUGACAACGUGAAGAAAACCUCCGAACGAGUCAUGUCGUUCCUCAUGCAGAGUCAGCAGCUCAAGGACCAUAACUCUCCCAUGCUUAGCACUAGCCCUGCCAAUAAACUCUACCCGCCAUAACAUUUUUGUUUUGUACACAUUUGUAAAUAUAGUUCAG